GCCACGCCUUCUCAUUAGUGAUGGGUUUGGCACCCAUGAAUCCCUCGAAGUUAUGGAAUUUUACUAUCAGAACAACAUCAUCUCCUGUCGGAUCCCAUCCCAUACAUCCCAUAAGCUUCAACCCUGUGACGUUGGCGUGUUUUCAUCAUUGAAGACGGCAUAUCGUGAACAAGCCGAAUCGUUGGACCGUGGAGGUGCUAAUGCUAUCGGCAAGCAACAUUUCACUUAUCUCUACAGCCGCGCCCGAAGCGAGAAAUUCACUUGUAGGAACAUUCUAUCCGGCUGGUCUAAAACUGGACUUUCGCCCUUUCAACCCUGAGAAGGUUCUUAGAGACAUCCAAAAGCCGCCAGCGGAGGACUGUCGCGUCCAGACCGAUAUUAGGAGCAGUAAUUUCUAUCCUACUACUGAUGAGCUACCUAUAACGCCGGUCACCCAUGAGAACCUGGCCCUCUUACGUAGUGAAGUUGAGGACGACAUUCAUAGACUAGAUAAUGGUUGCAAGCUUCGCCUCCAGAUGGUUCUGAAUGCGACGGAAAAUGCCUUUGUGCGGAACGUACGCUUCUUCUACAACAGAACCGGGAUUUGUUCCGGCAAAAUAAUGAAAGAAAAAUGCGACAACUGGUGAAGUCGACUGUGGUUGGCAACGCUAAAAUUAUGAAGUACGAGGAUAUCGUCGAAGCGAAGAGGAAGCGCGAGAUAAAAGAAACCGCUCGAGCUGGAAGAAACCAUCGGCUUCGGGGCGUAGUAGAAGGCGAUCACGAACUCAAGAAGC